GGGUCCUACACCUUGCAAGAGGUCAAAAGUCAAAGAACUAAGAAUUUUAAAGUAGUGAACUCGUGUUCAUCCCAUAGAUCACGCUUUCAGUUUCCCCAAGGAAACCUUCACCAUCACCACAGUGGAACUGUUACGGGCCUUCACACUACCAAAUACCUUUUCCUUCAAUGGGCUUAGUGCAACCCGUGUCAGAUAUUUAGUUGUCUCCCAUUGGAUUGAUAUCUAUCUACCCCUCUACAUCGUGAACUCCAUCAGGGCAGGAAUUGUGCCUGUUUUGUCUCACAACUAUAGCACCAGCCCUUGGCACAUGCUUAAUGAGAUAUUUGCUCAUUUAUUCAUUCACUCAACAACAACAAAAAGUUUUAACUGACUUGAUGUGCUUUGGACAUUGUUCUAAGUCUGGGGGUACAGCAGUAAAAAAAAAGAAAAAAGAAAACAGCAAAACUUCUUGCUCUCAUGGAGCUAAUAUUCUAGUAGGAGGGUAAAAGUACUAAUGAUGAUGAAGGAAUCCAAACUGACUAACUUCCAACAGCGCCACAUCAUGGACACCAUGAAAAGAGGAGACACUCUGCCCUUACAGUGCAGCCCAACAUCCAACCAGAGGGUCUUGCCUUCCAGGCAGAUGGCCCCGGCCAUCAGCUUGCCUCCCAUCCUGGCAGUCCGGUCCCACCUCCGGCCUGCCAGCAUAUGCCAAGCCAACGGAGCCUACAGCCGGGAGCCAUUCAAGCCGCAAGCCACCAGAGACAUGGAGAAAGAAAAACGAAGACUCCAAAACAUCUUUGCCACUGGGAAGGACCCAGAUGAACGGAAAAGAAAGCCGCCUCCUGUGUGUCAGGAAGACCCAGCCCCUGAACCGGACCGGUUUGAAGAACUGAUAAAGGAAAUCCAGGAGAGGAAAGAGUUCCUGACUGACAUGGAGGCCCUAGGACAGGGCAGACAGUACCGAGGAAUCAUCCUUGCUGAAAUCUCCCAGAAACUACGGGAAAUGGAAGACAUUGACCACAAGAGGAGUGAGGAGCUUAGGAAGGCUCUUGCCACUGCUUAAUCUCUCUCCAGAGACAAGGACAGGGUAGCCCCACCUGGCCACUGAAGCCCACCCCUUUGCCAA